AUGAGCGGUAAAGGCGUCGUACGAAGCAUAAAAAAUUACGCCAAAGGCUUUUCCGAAGUGCAGAUUAAAGUGCGUGAAGCCACGUCCAAUGAUCCGUGGGGUCCAAGUGGCACUCUCAUGAACGAAAUUGCCCAGUUAACAAACAACCAACAUGAUUUUGUGGAGAUCAUGGAUAUGAUUGAUAGACGAUUAAACGAUAAAGGCAAGAAUUGGCGACACGUGUUCAAGGCUCUGCUGCUUUUGGAUUAUUGUCUACAUGUGGGAUCGGAGAAUGUCGUGCUUUAUGCCAAGGAAAACAUUUAUGUUGUAAAGACCUUGAAGGAAUUUCAACACAUCGACGACAGCGGCAAAGAUGUAGGCGCCAAUGUGCGACAGAAAGCCAAAAGUAUUACCGAUUUAUUGAAUGACGAUGCCCGUUUGCGUGAAGAACGUCGUCAGCGUACGCAAAUGAGAGAUCGAAUGACGGCGGUGGGCGAUUAUAUGAAUGAAACGCUCUUGACUAGCCGAGCAGAGAAUGGCGAACCAGUGUAUGAACGACCCGGCUAUUUGGACGAAGAUAAAGAUUUACGAAGAGCCAUUGAAGAAAGUCGACGAUUGGCUCAAGAAGAAGCCAAAAAGCGUGAACAAGGUGAUGAAGACCUUGCCAAAGCUUUGCAAUUGAGCGAACAAGAAGCAAGGGAAAAGGAGAAACGCCAAAGAGAAAAACUGGAACGUGAAAAUGAGCAAAGCUUAUUCGGAAAUGCUGGCAACGAUCAAUCAUCCAGUUUCAAUCCCUUUCCUCAGAACCAAUUGUUCGACGCUUCGGUCAAUCCUUAUGCUCAACAGCAACAAUUUCCUCAGCCUACGGGAAUGACCAAUAUGUCGUUCUCUGAUCCUGUCAGUGCGAAUCAAAUGUAUAAUCAACAGCAAGCCACAGGUUUUGGCAAUAACUUUGGAGGCAAUCCUUACGGAAAUAAUCCUUAUCAGCAACAACAGCAAGGAUUUGCCGGUUUUGGACAAGGGCUGCAGGCGCAAAUGACAGGCAUGCCCCAGCAACCGCAGUACACUGGCAUGGCGCCAUUCCAAACGAGUGAUAUGAGUGCUAAUUAUCAGCAAGCGCAAUUCACUGGAAUGCCGUCAAUUCAGACCAGCAUGGCCACCGGGAUGACCAGUAAUCCAUUUGGACAGUAUCGUGCAGGCAACGAACAACUGCCGCAACAGACCGGCUUUGCAUCGACCGCAUUUCAGCAACCACAGCAAACAGGCAUGGCCAAUUUCCAGCCGCAAGCUUCUCCCUCGUUUGCAUCCACUUCCACUACCAACAAUCAAUCCCCCUCUUCCAGUGGAGUUGCGGCCUUUGGCAGUCCAUCCACAUCGAAACCGGCCGACCCUCGUUACGCAAAACUGAAUGCAUUGCUUGCAUCAAAAGAUGACGGUAUGGACACCUUCGGCAACACAGGAAAUCUCCGCAUUCCCUAUGGUACGGGCUUUGCGAAUUCGCUUCAACCUCAGGCAACGGGCCAAUCAAGUGCAACAACCGCCACUGGCAAUACUGGCGAUCUCUUGGGUCUAGGUACUGAUAACAAAUCCAAUGAUAGCAAAGACUCGUUAUUUUCUCAGCCAUUUGGUCAGCAACCGAGUCGAAAUCCGUUUGGUCAACCCACUGUAAACAAUAGCUCUCCAAAUACAAAUAAUAAUCAAAAAAGUCUGCUUGAAAUGAUGCAAGAACAAAGACAGCAGCAGCAGCAACAACAACAACAGCCAGCGUCAUUCCAGCAACCUCAGAUGACUGGUAUGAUGCAGCCACAACCGACAGGAUUUGAUAACUCUUUUGCGUUUGGACAACCACAGCAACCGCAAAUGACUGGAAUGCAACAGCCGCAAGCAACAGGUUUUAAUGGAUUUGGACAAGCAUCACAACCAGCUUUUGGACAACAAAAUGGGUCAUUUUUCUAA